CUGCUUUACUGAGGUUUUCGUUGUCACCGCUAAGAACCUUCUCAAACCGAAAAGAUGAGAAAUUUCUCAUCUAAAUUUGGAUGUUAAUCCUUAAUUUUCGGUGUUUCAGGGUUUGUUAAAAACUUAAGAAUCGUAGAUUACAAUUCAACGAUAGUUGUUGUGUCAUAGUAGUGUAGUUGAUGGCAGAAAUCUCAGAACUUUUAGAAGUUCUUCAUGGAGAAAAAACGAUAAAAGAUCUAUCACAAAGACUUUGUAAUGAUUCGAUUAAAGUAGGCUUAGAGAAAUUUUAUUUCGUUCUUGAAAAAGGAGUCGAAGAGAUCGAAGAUGGAAAAUUAGGGCUUGAGUAUUGGAAUCAGUUGCAGAUUCACUCAGUUAUAUCGAUCGCUACAUCAAUUGUUUCUGCAACUCGAUCUCUUUCACUUGAGAAAGUGGAACCUAUAAUUGUAGCGAUAUUCAAACAGUUGUUGGAGUUCUCGACAUGUUUUCUGGAGAAAUCAAUGUUUAAAUGUGACGAUUUGAGUCUUCAGGAUAAUGUGCUACAUUUACUUGAAAUAGCAUUAGUCGGUGGCAUGGUUGAAGGGACAAAGCCUUUUAAUGUAAAUAGUCUUGUAGACUCACUGCCUAUUGUCCCAGUCAAGUGCACUGGCGUCGAAUUUGAGAAUCACAUUAAAUGCACUAUGCAAGGUAUUAGCUGCACAAGAGAAAACCCCGUUGACUGGGUUUUGAUGAGUCUGGCUUCUGAGUACCAGCCACCUGAUAGCAGUGUCACGAGUUCGACAGAAUUUGGUUUCCAUCAGGAUUGGGAUAAUGUUAUCUCUGUAUCUCAGAAUUGGGCCGUUGUCAAUGGGAAGUGCAUACAGCGUCUAGUUAAGCUGUGCAAAGAACUCUUUCAGCCACCGGAGUCAUUUGAUGAGCUAACAGAGGGUAUAAAUUUUGGUGCACGAUUGUCAUUCAGUUCACGGGUUCUCAAGUUACUUGGAAAUCUUUCAAGGAGCAUGCCAUGUGUUGCUUAUGAUACUGAUUUGCUACAAGAAGUUGCUUGCUGUGCUGAUGCAUUGCCGAGCUUAUUUAGGCCCAGAUAUGAGUUUGUGAACUGCAGUUCGUUUGCUGGUGAGAAUGAGUAUGAAAGCCUCAUACUAUCAGUCUUGGAUGAAUUUCUUCAGUUUGUUGAGCUUCUUUUCCGUGAUGGCAACAUCUCGUUGAAUAUUCGAACUUGUAUUAUUGCUUCUAUAUUUUGCAUUUUGGAUGCUGAUGUUUGGAGGUAUAAUAAGUCAGAUCCAGACCUAAAGCCCCCAUUGGCUUAUUUUCCUCGCAGCGUUGUCAACCUACUGAAGCUCAUAGGGGAUGUUAAGAAGUGUGCCUCUCAUUCUCUCAGUUGGCUGGCAAAAAUUAACAAGGACGUAUUCGUUUGUAGGUCUGGUUCCGAGGUUAAUAGUCCUUCAUGUCUUGUUCGUUCGAAGACUGUUUCCUUGCUCAAAAGAUACACAUCUGAUGAAUUGUUAAAGAUAGUAUUCCCUUCUUCAAAUCAAUGGGUGGAGAGUCUAAUGCAUCUUGUUUUUUUCCUUCACUCAGAAGGAGUGAAGUUAAAGCCAAAAGUUGAGAGGUCAUAUUCUAGUUGUACAAAAGCUAGUGGCAUGUCUGAUUUGGACAAUCAAGUUUGUCACGAGGAUGAAGCCCUUUUUGGAGAUCUUUUCUCGGAAGCUGGUCGUUCAGUAGGUUCAACAGAUGGAAUUGACCAACCUCCCAUUCCUGUUACUUGUAUCCCAAGCCGUAGCUGUAUGCCGAUUCAAGCAGCAACAGAGUUGUUAACCUUUCUAAAAUGUUGCAUCUACUCACCUGAAUGGAGUCCUUCUGUUUAUGAAGAUGCAUGUCAAAAGCUUAAUGUGAACCAUAUCGAUUUCCUGCUUUCCGUGCUAAACUGUCAAGCCUGUUCUAUCGAAGAGAAGAGCUCAGAAACUGGUUCAGCUUUACCUUCAAAAAGAAAGCCCGGGCAUAUUAAUGAGGUCUGUUUUGAGCUUUUGCAUAGCCUUCUCAUGCAGCGUGCUUUUUCUGAUUCACUGGAAGAGCACCUUGUUGACCAAAUCCUUAUGGUGGAAAAUGAUACCUUUAUGUACAACGAUCACACCCUUGCCUUGGUUGCCCAUACCCUUUUUGGCAGGGUAGGUUCGACUCGUAAUCAGUUGAGGACCAAAAUCUAUCAGGGGUAUGUGAAUUUCAUUGUUGAAAAGGCUAAGUCUGUUAGUUUGACAUGCCCUAGCCUGAAGGAAGUUCUUGUUAGUCUUCCUUCUAUAUUUCACAUUCAAAUUCUUAUUAUGGCAUUUCAUUUGUCUCCUGAUGAAGAAAAGGCAUCUCUUGCAAACCUCAUGUUUGGUUCCCUAAGAGGAGCUGAUGCUCCCUCAGCUGGAUUUAGCAGCACCCAACUGUCUUGCUGGGCUUUAUUACUUUCAAGGCUCAUUGUGAUGCUACGGUAUAUGAUCUUUUAUCCAUCUACUUGCCCGUCGUGGUUGCUCCAGGAUCUUGGAUCAAAGUUAAGGGAAGCUCCGUUUGCUGGAUCAUGCCUUCCUAGUUAUGUAAAUAAUCAUCUGUUGUCAUGGACGUCAGUAUCAAUGCAGAACAUGAUGGGGCAUUUGGUUAAAGACGAAUCAGUUGUUAGUAGCUUGCUUGAUCAACUUAUUGAUGUUGUUACUCACCCUUCUUCGGUCUGCAGAGAUGACCAGGCCUUGCGGCAGUUGGGUUUAAGUUGGGAUGAGAUGUGUGCCUCUUUUUCAUGGAUUCUGGAAUUAUGGAAAGGAAAGAAGACUGAAGCAUUUGAAGACCUCGUGCUAGAAAGGUACAUUUUUGUACUUUGUUGGGAUAUUCCCACCACAAGCUCAACGUCUUCACAUCUGCUUCCUUUUGGAAGUAGCUUCCAGGUUGCUGAGACCUUCAAUGUGGAAUAUUUCUUCCGUUUUAGUCAUCUGCUACUUAGCAACUCCGCCCUUGUGGCCAAGGAAGCUUACUUUCCCGAAGUCAUAGUUAGUAUGCUUCAGCACUUGGAAACGCUGGUUGUUUCAGAUAAUGUUAAGGAACUAGGGUGGGAUUUCAUGAGGGGUGGAUCAUGGUUGUCAUUAAUAGUUUCUCUACUCCAAGUUGGGAUCUUUCAGUACUCCGUAAAGAAAGCAAUCCCUGGUGUGGAUCCUCUCUGGAGCGAAAGUACAACUAGGGACACUGAGUUUAUGACUGUUGCUGAGUGCAUUGUUGUCGCUGUACUUGAAGGUAAUAGUGCUGCUUUGGUUUUCAAGUUGCUGUCGUCCUUGUUAAAGAGGUAUUUGGUGACAUAUCAGGAGACUUUCCUCAGUACAUUCGAGGAGGAUAACAGGUUCAGCACAGAUAAAUUUUCUCCUCUACUUCUUUACAAGCACACAGAAUUUUAUAAUUGCUCGGAAGAAAACCUUCCCGAGAAAAUUGGAACCAGUCCUUAUCAGCUGGGCUCUGUUUAUGGCCUCUUGUCGAUGUUGGACAGCAUUGUUACCAGAAGAGGUUCAGGGAGUGUAAUUCCUACUUUCCUAUGUUGUUUACUUCAUGGUUUCCCGAUGCAUCCUAGAAGUCAUAGUGGGCAUCUACUUUCUUGUAUUCUUACCAUAAAGGGUAUUGUCUGCACUCUAGAUGGCAUGAUAAAGCUAAAAGAUGCUGGUGAGAACAUUUGCUUAGAGAUGGAGACUGUCCACCAGCUUCUUGAUUCCGUAAUGACUGUCAAGUCCGACAGGGUAUUCGAGUGCACUCAUGGGAAGUGUGAAUCUAUUUGUCACAUACUGAAUACUUCUCUUCAGGGUCCCGACUACAGUUAUCUUUUCGUGAUGAAGCACAUUGAAGGCUUCGUGAAAGAUAUCAAUUCAAAAGAAGCAAAUAACAGCACUUCCCAUGAACAGUUAAUCACCAGGGCGAUUGAUUUUGUGGAGGGUGUCAUGAAAGACCCUUCAAAAGUUGAUGUUUUUAAGUUCUUUAUGGGGACUGAAGAAGACAUAUCUAUGGAAAUCAAACAGCUUUACUGCGGGCAACGUGGAAAUCUGCUGGUUUUCAUUGAUGCAUUGGAUAGAUGUCAUUCGGAGUCAGUAAAUGUGAAGGUUCUCAGCUUCCUUGCUGAUCUGCUGUCUGGAGAGACCUGUCCUGCUCUUAAAUUGGAUGUUCAGAAGAAGUUCCUUGGAAUGAAUUUGCGUUGCCUAUCCAAGUGGCUGGAAAUUAGGCUUUUAGGCUGCACAACAGAAGUUUCAGCUGAGGUUAAAGGAAGCUCAAAUGCACUGAGAGAGUCAACCAUGAAUUUUGUUAAACAGGUUGUUUCCUCGCCUGUCGAGAUGCAACUGCGAGAACUCCAUGAUCAUUUUGUUGAAGCCUUGCUGAUGUCGUUGGAUACUGCAUUUAUGUUAUUUGAUAUGCAUUCUGCAAAGUCAUAUUUUCAUUUUAUAGUCCAACUUUCGAAUGGAGAAUCUUCAAUGAAGCAUCUUUUGAGAAGUACUAUGAUGCUAAUGGAGAAGCUGGCCGGUGAUGAGUGUAUGCUUCAAGGGAUGGCAUUUCUAUUGGGCUUUCUUGGGUCUGUAUUGAGUAGUUGUGGAGCUAAUAAUACUAUCCUGGACGAUUAUUCUGGGAAGAAUUUGUUUAGCAGCAAUCUUGCGGCAGGAUCUAUAGUUUCUAGAUCAGUGAGCUCAAGAAAAGAAUCUGAGGCAUUGGUUCUUUCUGCAAGUCAGCAAAGGGGUUCGACAUCGAUUGAUUGUGAUGGAACUUCUAUGGACGAAGAUGAAGAUGAUGGUACAUCUGAUGGGGAGUUGGCUAGCAUAGAUAAAGAUGAAGAAGAAGACAGUAACAGCGAAAGGGCACUUGCUUCUAAAGUUUGUACAUUUACAUCAAGUGGUAGCAACUUUAUGGAGCAACACUGGUACUUCUGCUAUACUUGCGACUUGACAGUUUCUAAAGGCUGUUGUUCUGUCUGUGCCAAGGUUUGCCAUCGUGGUCAUCGAGUCGUUUAUUCUCGUUUGAGUCGUUUUUUUUGUGAUUGCGGUGCUGGAGGUGUCAGAGGAAGCAGUUGCCAGUGCCUGAAGCCUCGGAAGUUCACUGGAAGCAGCAGCGAACAGAUUCAAUCUGCCAGUGCUUUUCCAUCUUUUCCCUCCUUUUCUGAAGAUGGAGAUCAGGUACCCGAUAUUGAUACAGAUCUGGAUGAUGAUGUUUAUGUUGGUAUAGAUAGUUCCUUCAAGUUGCCCAUAUCCAGGGAGGUUCAAGAUGGAAUCCCUGAUCUAUUGAAACAACUUGAUAUGGAGGGCCGGGUGCUUAAGUUGUGUAGCUCGUUGUUGCCCUUGGUAAUAAGCAGAAGGAACUGUAACCUUUCGAAAGACAAAAAAGUAAUACUGGGUGAAAAUAAAGUCUUAUCUUACAGUGCUGAUCUUCUGCAGCUGAAGAAGGCAUACAAAAGUGGGUCACUUGACCUGAAGAUAAAAUCUGAUUAUUCAAAUGCCAGGGAGCUCAAGGGUCAUCUGUCUAGUGGUUCCGUCGUAAAAUCCUUGCUGAGUGUGAGCACUCGGGGAAGACUUGCAGCUGGAGAGGGAGAAAAAGUUUCAAUAUUUGAUGUUGGCCAGCUUAUUGGGCAGGCUACUGUUACUCCUGUGACAGCAGACAAAACCAAUGUCAAGCCCCUUUCUAAGAAUAUUGUACGUUUUGAAAUUGUACAUCUAGUGUUCAAUACAGUUGUAGAUAACUAUCUGGCUGUAGCAGGCUAUGAGGAAUGCCAAGUUCUCACAGUGAACCCUCGAGGUGAAGUGACUGAUCGUCUUGCAGUUGAACUUGCUCUGCAAGGUGCCUAUAUCCGGCGAAUAGAUUGGGUCCCAGGUUCACAAGUGCAGUUGAUGGUCGUCACAAACAUGUUUGUCAAGAUAUUUGACUUAUCUCAAGAUAACAUUAGUCCUGUUCACUAUUUUACGCUGCCUGAGGAUUCAAUCAUGGAUGCAUCACUUGUUGUGGCUCCUCAAGGGAAGAUGUUUCUGCUUGUUUUGUCGGAGCUUGGAUGCUUAUUUAGGCUGGAGUUGUCUAUAGGGGGUGAUGUUGGGGCCAAGCCACUGAAGGAAAUUAUCAAGGUUCAGGGUAAGGACAUUCAGUCGAAAGGUUUGUCGUUGUGCUAUUCAUCAACAUAUAGAUUACUGUUCGUAUCGUAUCAAGAUGGAAGUAGCAUGAUUGGGAGAUUAGAUGCCAAUGCAACAUCAAUAAUUGAGGUGUCUGCUGUAUACGAGGCCGAACAAGAUGGUAAGCUGAGAGGUGCUGGAUUGCGUCAUUGGAAAGAAUUACUGUCUGGUGCUGGGUUAUUUACUUGUUUCUCAAGUGUUAAAUCAAAUGCGGUGCUUGCUAUUUCAAUGGACCCUCAGGAGUUUUUUGCACAGAACAUGCGCCAUACUGCUGGCUCUACCUUGCCUAUUGUUGGAAUAACUGCCUACAGGCCGUUAUCUAAAGAUAAAGCCCAUUGCCUUGUUUUGCAUGAAGAUGGCAGUCUUCAGAUUUACUCACAUCUUCCUGUGGGGGUUGAUGCCACUGCAAGUUCGAACUUGGAUCAGGCAAAGAAAUUGGGAUCUGGUAUUCUAAGCAAUAAAACAUUUGCUGGUUUAAAUCCAGAAUUUCCACUUGAUUUUUUUGAGAAAACAGUUUGCGUCACAGCAGAUGUGAAACUAAGUAGUGAUGCUAUCAGAAACAGUGAUUCUGAAGGAACUAAGCAAAGGUUGGCAUCUGAUGAUGGUUUCCUAGAAAGUCCCAGCCCUUCAGGAUUAAAGAUUACUGUUUCCAAUUCAAACCCGGAUAUGGUCAUGGUUGGUUUCCGCCUACACGUUGGUAAUACGUCAUCAAACCAUAUUCCAUCUGAAAUAACUAUUUUCCAGAGAAUAAUUAAACUGGAAGAAGGGAUGCGUUCUUGGUAUGAUACUCCAAUGUCGGUUGCUGAAUCACUCCUCGCCGAUGAAGAAUUUACUAUCUCUGUGGGCCCAACAUUCAAUGCAUCUGCACUGCCUAGAAUAGAUUCAUUAGAAGUAUAUGGUCGACCAAAAGAUGAAUUCGGUUGGAAAGAAAAAAUGGAGGCUGUGCUGGAUAUGGAAUCCCAUGUGCUUGGUUCCAAUUCUCGGGCAGCUGGAGCUGGGAAAAAGUGCCGUUUGAUUCAAUCUGCUCCAGUUCAAGAACGGGUUGUCGCAGAUCUACUUAAACUUCUAUCUAGGUUUUAUUCAUUGUGCAGGCCACAUGGGUGUUGUGAGAUUGAGGAAGUUAAAGUGGAGAUGAGUAAACUCAAAUGCAAGCAGUUGGUAGAAACAAUAUUUGAGAGUGACCGAGAACAGUUGUUGCAGUCUUCUGCUUGCCAUGUUCUUCAAUCUAUCUUCCCCAAAAGGGAAACAUACUAUCAUGUAAAGGACACAAUGCGCCUUUUUGGGAUUGUCAAGUCUUCGCCUGUGCUUGCUUCAAGGCUGGGUGUUGGUGGUGCAACAGCGGGCUGUGUAAUUGAAGAGUUUACAACGCAGAUGCGUGCAGUGUCAAAGAUUGCAUUACACCGAAGAUCGAACUUGGCCAUGUUUUUGGAAACUAAUGGUUCUGGAGUAGUUGACGGACUGAUGCAAGUUCUCUGGGGAAUUUUGGAUAUAGAGCAACCAGACACACAGACAAUAAACAAUAUUGUAAUACCCUCAGUGGAACUCAUUUACAGUUAUGCUGAAUGUCUGGCUUUGCAUGGAAAUGAUGGUGGAAAGCACUCUGUCGCGCCUGCUGUUUCAUUACUAAAGAAACUUCUUUUUGCCCCUUAUGAGGCUGUUCAGACUUCUAGCAGCUUGGCUAUAUCUUCAAGAUUGCUCCAGGUUCCAUUUCCAAAGCAGACCAUGUUGGUUACAGAUGAUGUGGUGGAUAAUGUUGUGUCUGUACCUCUCCCUUCUGAUAUUGUCCGUGCAACGGGUGGAAAUUCCCAAGUCAUGAUUGAAGAAGACAAUAUAACAUCAUCGGUCCAGUACUGCUGCGAUGGUUGCUCCACUGUUCCGAUACUUCGACGCCGUUGGCACUGUACUGUGUGCCCUGAUUUUGAUCUAUGUGAGGCAUGCUAUGAAGUACUUGAUGCUGAUCGUCUUCCUCCUCCACAUUCCAGAGAUCAUCCUAUGUCAGCAAUAGCAAUCGAAAUGGAGUCCAUAGGCGGAGAUAGCAACGAAAUUCAUUUCUCGAUGAAUGAUACAAGUGAGUCGAGUGUGUUGCCAGUUACUGCUGAUGUCGGUGUCCAAAAUUCUCCACUGCCAAUUCAUAUGCUGGAGACCAAUGAAUCUGGUGAUUUCCCUGAUUCUGUUCUUGAUCAAAGAAUAGUAUCCAUCUCAGCAUCAAAACGAGCUGUUAAUUCUCUUCUUCUCUGUGAGCUAGUAGAACAACUGAAGGGUUGGAUGGAGACAACUUCUGGUGUCAGGGCUAUUCCUGUAAUGCAAUUAUUCUACAGAUUAUCAUCUGCUGUGGGCGGUCCUUUUAUGAAGAGCUCAAAACCUGAAAAUUUGGAUUUGGAGAAAUUUGUCAAGUGGUUUUUGGAUGAGAUCAAUCUGAAUAAAUCUCUUGUAGCUAAAAGCCGUUCUUCUUUUGGUGAAGUUGUAAUCCUCGUCUUCAUGUUCUUCACCUUGAUGCUUAGAAACUGGCAUCAGCCUGGCAGUGACGGUUCUCUACUAAAAUCAAGUGGAAUUACUGAGACACAAGACAAAACUGUGACCCAAGUUCCACUGCCGGCUUCAGGCAAUGUUGUUUCUGUAGACAGUGAAGAGAAAAAUGAGUUUGCGUCUCAGUUGCUUCAUGCUUGCUGCUCUCUCAGACAACAAGCUUUUGUUAAUUAUCUGAUGGAUAUGUUGCAACAAUUGGUAAGUUUUUUUAAGUCUGCCAGUGGAAAUUCUGAAGCUGGUAAUGCUGGUUCUGGAUGUGGGUCUCUUCUGACAGUUCGGAGAGAGUUACCUGCUGGAAACUACUCGCCUUUCUUUUCUGAUCCGUAUGCCAAAGCCCAUCGUGCAGAUAUUUUUGUGGACUACCACAGGUUACUCUUAGAGAACACAUUUCGACUGGUUUAUAGUUUGGUUAGGCCAGAAAAACAAGAAAAGUCCAGUGAAAAGGAUAAGGUUAACAAAAGUUCUUCCUCCAAGGAUUUGAAGCUAGAUGGUUAUCAGGAUGUUCUUUGCAGCUAUAUCAGCAACCCUAAUACAUCGUUUGUCAGGCGAUAUGCAAGAAGGCUAUUUCUGCAUCUAUGUGGGAGUAAAACACAUUAUUACAAUGUGAGAGACUCUUGGCAGAUGUCAAAUGAAGUUAAGAAGCUUUAUAAACUUAAAAAUAAAUCUGAUGGUUUUCGGAAUCCUGUGCCAUAUGAGAGAAGUGUUAAACUUGUCAAGUGCCUGUCUGUUUUGUCCGAGGUAGCAGCUGCGAGGCCUCGUAAUUGGCAAAAAUAUUGUUCUAGACAUGGGGAUGUUCUACCGUUUUUGAUAAAUGGAAUCUUUUAUUUUGGGGAAGAAUCUGUUAUUCAAACUCUUAAACUCUUGAAUUUGGCUUUCUACACAGGGAAGGAUAUGGGCCAUUGUAAUCAGAAAGUUGAGGUAGGAGAUGCAGGUACAGGUUCUGUAAAAUCCAGUUCACAUUCUGUGGAUUCAAAGAAAAAGAAGAAAAAUGAGGAUGGAAAUGACCCUAGUUCGGAGAAACCUUAUCUAGACAUGGAACAGGCUGUUGAUACUUUCAGUGACAGAAAUGACACUACUUUGAGGCAGUUUAUUGAUUGCUUUUUACUCGAGUGGAACUCCACAUCUGUACGUGUUGAAGCUAAGUGUGUUUUAUAUGGGAUAUGGCAUCAUGGAAAACAGCCAUUCAGGGAGACCAUGUUAACAGUUCUUUUACAGAAAGUGAAGUGCUUGCCAAUGUAUGGUCAGAACAUUAUCGAGUACACAGAGCUAGUUACUUGGAUACUGGGGAAACUGCCUGAGAGUAGUAGUUCAAAGCAACUGGAGACAGAGCUUGUCACACGGUGUUUGACUCCUGAUGUGAUAAGGUGCAUCUUUGAGACUCUUCACUCACAAAACGAACUUUUGGCCAAUCAUCCAAAUUCACGCAUUUAUAACACUUUGAGUGGUUUGGUCGAAUUUGAUGGGUACUUUCUCGAAAGCGAGCCUUGUGUUGCCUGUAGUUGUCCAGAGGUGCCUUACAGCAGGAUGAAGCUAGAGAGCCUUAAAUCUGAAACAAAGUUUACCGACAACCGAAUAAUUGUGAAAUGUACUGGGAGCUAUACCAUUCAGACUGUGACAAUGAAUGUUCACGAUGCUCGCAAAUCAAAAUCUGUGAAGGUGUUGAAUCUAUACUACAACAAUAGGCCAGUGGCUGAUUUGUCGGAGUUGAAGAAUACUUGGUCCUUAUGGAAACGCGCAAAAAGUUGUCAUCUUGCUUUCAACCAAACGGAGUUAAAGGUAGAAUUUCCUAUUCCAAUCAGUGCUUGCAAUUUCAUGAUUGAGCUCGACUCCUUCUAUGAGAAUCUCCAAGCUUCCUCCCUUGAGUCGUUGCAGUGCCCUCGGUGCAGCAGGUCCGUUACUGAUAAACAUGGCAUUUGCAGCAAUUGCCAUGAAAAUGCAUAUCAAUGCAGACAAUGUCGCAACAUAAAUUAUGAGAAUUUGGAUUCUUUCCUUUGCAAUGAGUGUGGGUAUAGCAAAUAUGGACGUUUUGAAUUUAAUUUCAUGGCAAAGCCUAGUUUCGUGUUUGAUAACAUGGAAAAUGACGAGGAUAUGAAAAAAGGAUUGUCGGCUAUUGAAUCUGAGUCGGAAAAUGCCCAUAGGAGAUAUCAGCAACUGCUGGGUUUCAAAAAACCCUUGCUUAAACUUGUGUCGAGCAUCGGUGAGAAUGAAAUGGACUCGCAACAGAAAGAUUCUGUCCAGCAAAUGAUGGUCUCUUUGCCAGGGCCGUCUUGUAAAAUAAAUCGCAAAAUUGCUCUUCUUGGUGUUCUGUAUGGUGAGAAGUGCAAAGCAGCGUUUGACUCUGUUAGUAAAAGUAUCCAAACUCUUCAAGGUCUUCGCCGUGUUUUAAUGAACUAUCUGCAUCUGAAACAUUCUAAAAACACACCGGAUUCGUCAAGGUUUGCUGUUCCCAGGUCUCCGAAUAACUGUUAUGGUUGUGCCACAACAUUUGUCACCCAGUGCUUGGAGUUGCUGCAAGUCUUAUCUAAACACCCAAGUUGUAAGAAGCAGCUCGUUGCAGCUGGCAUCUUGUCGGAGUUGUUUGAAAAUAACAUUCACCAGGGUCCAGAAACAGCACGCAUCCAGGCUAGGGCGGCGCUCUGUGCAUUCUCAGAAGGUGAUAUGAAUGCAGUGGUUGAGGUGAACAGUUUGAUACAAAAAAAGGUCAUGUAUUGUCUCGAGCACCAUCGCUCCAUGGACAUUGCAUUGGCUACACGCGAGGAGUUACUAUUGCUAUCUGAGACCUGUUCUGUGGUAGAUGAAUUGUGGGAAUCAAGGUUACGUGUUGCUUUCCAGUUAUUAUUUUCUUCCAUCAAGCUGGGCGCUAAACAUCCUGCUAUAUCUGAGCAUGUUAUUCUUCCGUGUCUGAGAAUUAUUUCUCAGGCAUGCACUCCUCCAAAACCUGAUGGAGAGAAGGACCAACAAACCGGAAAGGCUGGUCCCACUUCUGUAAAAGAAGGAAACAGUGUAAACCCAUCUGGUAUUAUGAGCAGUCUUGGAAGUGUGGGCAAGUCCACAUCAGAUUUUUCCGAAAAACAUUGGGAUACAACUCAAAAAACCCAAGAUAUCCAACUGCUCAGCUACACCGAGUGGGAAAAGGGGGCUUCGUAUAUUGAUUUUGUCAGAAGGCGAUAUAAAGUGUCUCAGGCAGUUAAAAGUUCUGGCCAGAGGUCUCGACCUCAAAAGUUCGACUAUCUGGCUCUGAAGUAUGCACUUAGAUGGAGAAGGCUCGCUUGUAAAAGAACAACGAAGAGCGACUUAUCAGCAUUUGAGCUUGGCUCAUGGGUCUCUGAGUUGGCAUUGAGUGCUUGUUCACAAUCUAUAAGGUCAGAGAUGUGCACCUUGAUUAGUUUACUUCGCGCACAGAGUCCAUCGAGGCGAUUCCGACUUUUAAACUUGCUCAUGACAUUGCUUCCGGCUACUCUGUCUGCUGGAGAAAGUGCAGCAGAAUAUUUUGAGUUGCUCUUCAAAAUGAUAGAUUCCAAAGAUGCCCGCUUAUUUCUCACUGCUAGGAGGUGUUUACCUACAAUUUGUCGGUUAAUAACCGAAGAGGUGGUCAACGUUGAAUCUCAGGAGAGAAGUCUUCAUAUUGAUAUAUCGCAGGGAUUCAUCCUUCAUAAGCUUAUUGAGCUCCUCAGCAAAUUUCUUGAAGUCCAGAAUAUCCGUUCUAGGUUUAUGGGAGAUGACUUGUUGUCCGAUAUCCUUGAGGCUCUUCUUGUCAUUCGGGGCCUGAUAGUGCAGAAGACGAAGCUGAUUAGUGAUUGCAAUCGUCUUUUAAAAGAUCUCCUGGACAGUCUGCUUCUUGAGAGUAGUGAUAACAAAAGAAAAUUCAUACGGGCCUGCAUAUCUGGUUUACAGACACAUGGACGGGAGAAGAAAGGUCGAACUUCUCUGUUCAUUUUGGAACAACUAUGCAAUAUGAUAUGUCCAUCAAAGCCAGAGCCUGUUUAUCUUUUGGUUUUGAACAAGGCGCAUACCCAAGAAGAGUUCAUCAGGGGAUCAAUGACCAAAAAUCCGUAUUCAAGUGCUGAGAUUGGUCCCUUGAUGCGAGAUGUUAAAAACAAAAUUUGUCACCAGUUGGAUAUGGUAGGGCUUAUCGAGGAUGACUUCGGCAUGGAGUUGCUAGUAGCUGGAAAUAUAAUCUCUCUUGAUUUGAGCAUCUCUCAAGUUUAUGAGCAGGUUUGGAAGAAGUCGCAUCAUCAUUCUCAAAAUACCAUGGGAGGUUCUGCUUUAGUAUCUGCCAAUGCAUUUUCAACUGGCAAAGACUGUCCACCAAUGACAGUCACCUACAGGCUUCAGGGACUUGAUGGUGAAGCUACUGAACCCAUGAUCAAAGAGUUAGAAGAGGAAAGGGAGGAGUCACAGGAUCCUGAGGUUGAAUUUGCAAUAGCAGGUGCUGUUCGGGAGUAUGGGGGGCUUGAAAUAAUUUUGAGCAUGAUCCAGAAUUUGCAUGAUGACGAGUUGAAACUGAACCAAGAAGAGUUGGUUUCUGUGCUUAAUCUUCUCAUGUAUUGUUGCAAAAUUAGAGACAACAGACGGGCCUUGUUACGGCUAGGAGCUUUAGGGUUGCUUCUUGAAACUGCAAGGCGUGCUUUCUCUGUGGAUGCAAUGGAGCCAGCUGAAGGCAUUCUUUUAAUUGUGGAGAGCCUGACAAUGGAGACAAAUGAGAGUGAUAUUAGCAUCACUCAGAGUGUGCUCACAGUUACUAAUGAAGAGACUGGUACUGCUGAACAGGCAAAGAAAAUGGUCCUCAUGUUCUUAGAUAGAUUAUGCCAUCCUUCAAGCCUUAAAAAGUCGAACAAGCAGCAAAGAAAUACUGAAAUGGUGGCAAGGAUCUUGCCUUACUUGACUUACGGAGAGCCUGCGGCAAUGGAAGCACUAAUCCAGCAUUUUAAUUCUUAUCUCCAGGACUGGGUUGAGUUUGAUCAGCUGCAAAAACAGCAUGAGGAUAACCCUAAGGAUGAGAGUGUGGCUCAACAAGCUGCCAAACAGAGGUUUGCUUUGGAAAACUUUGUUAGGGUUUCCGAGUCACUGAAGACAAGUUCCUGUGGGGACAGCCUGAAGGACAUCAUAUUAGAAAAGGGUAUUACUGCGGUUGCUGUCAGACAUUUGAGUGAUUGUUUUCCAUUUGCUGGGCAAGCUGGAUUUAAAUCAACUGCUGAAUGGUCACUUGGGCUAAGGUUACCAUCUGUCCCGCUAAUCUUGUCUAUGCUCCGUGGACUUUCGAGGGGGCAUUUGGCAACACAAAGAUGUAUUGAUGAUGGGGGGAUCUUACCAUUGCUCCAUGCUCUGGAGGGUGUUCCUGGGGAAAAUGAGAUAGGUGCAAGGGCUGAGAACUUAUUAGACACACUUGCUGAUAUGGAGAGGAAAGGUGAUGGGUUCCUGGAAGAGAAGAUCCGUGAUUUGCGGCAUGCGACGAGAGAUGAGAUGCGUCGUCUAGCACUGAGGAAGAGAGAAGAGUUGCUCCAGGGUCUCGGGAUGCGUCAAGAAUUAACUUCAGAUGGUGGUGAACGAAUUGUGGUGAACCACCCAAUUAUUGAGGGCUUGGAAGAUGUGGAAGAGGAAGAUGGGCUGGCGUGCAUGGUGUGCCGAGAGGGUUACAGUUUGAGGCCGAAUGAUAUGUUGGGCAUAUAUUCUUACAGCAAGCGAGUAAACCUUGGAAUCGGGAUAUCGGGGAGUACAAGAGGUGAAUGUGUUUACACGACAGUUAGCCAUUUCAACAUCAUACAUUUCCAGUGUCAUCAAGAAGCCAAACGAGCUGAUGCUGCUCUGAAAAAUCCAAAGAAAGAGUGGGAUGGAGCUACCCUUAGAAACAACGAGACUCUUUGCAACUGCCUAUUUCCAUUGAGAGGCCCAGCUGUUCCCAUUGCACAAUAUGUCCGUUAUGUUGAUCAAUACUGGGACAACCUCAAUUCCCUUGGGCGUGCUGAUGGAAGCCGUCUCCGUUUGUUGACUUACGAUAUCGUUCUGAUGCUGGCACGAUUUGCAACUGGUGCUUCAUUCAGUACUGACUGUAAAGGUGGAGGUAAAGAGAGCAACUCACGGUUCCUUCCUUUCAUGGUUCAGAUGGCACGUUACCUUCUUGAUCAAGGAAGCUCAUCCAGUCAGCAACGUCGAGCCAAUGCGAAGUCUAUUUUGGCCUACUUAUCAGAUUCCAAGCCUUCCGUUCCAUCUGGGACCCGUACUCAAUCAGCAACUGAAGAGACUGUUCAGUUCAUGAUGGUUAACUCACUCCUCUCAGAAUCUUAUGAACUGUGGCUGAGCCACCGCCGUGCAUUCUUACAACGUGGGAUAUACCAUGCAUACAUGCAGCACACACAUGGUCGAUCAAUGCUUCGUAUUUCCUAUGAUCCAACCACUAUCGUUAAACCCGAAGUUGGGUCUAGCACUGAAAGUGGAGGCAACAACCUAUUUACUGUCGUCUUGCCAAUGCUCGUUUAUGUUGGUUUAAUUGAACAGUUGCAGCAUUUUUUCAAGCUGAACAAAUCUGGAAGUGCAACAACCUCUAAGAAAGAAGGAAGACCGGCAGAAGUGGAGGGAGAAUUAGAAGCUUGGGAAGUGGUGAUGAAAGAGAAACUACUGAAUGUAAGAGAAAUGGUGGGGUUCUCUAAAGAGAUGCUUUCAUGGCUGGACGAGAUGACUUCUGCAACAGACUUCCAAGAAGCGUUUGAUAUAAUGGGAGUUUUACCUGAUGUACUCUCUGGUGGAUUUUCACGGUGUGAAGAUUUUGUUCAAGCUUCAUUGCACGACGGGAAAAGCUAAACCAAAUAGAAUUGAGAACUGUAAGCCUUGUGUAUGCCUUAGUUUUGAAAUGGUCCUUUUUGAGUUCAUUACAUUACGAUAACAGCUGUAAGUUGUAACAUUUAUAAAUGGAGGGGCAUUUACACGUCAAAAUUCAAUGUGAUUGCCUUCCCAAAAUUAGAAAAAUUCUGCUGUGCUUCACAUAAUAACAGUUCUCAUUAAAAU